UCAUAUCUUGUAUGACAUAACCUAAAAAUAAAAUGGAUGUAAAGUUUGUCUGAGUUUUCUGAUGUACAUUUUAGUUGUUUGUUUGUAUGUUUAUAAUGUUUAUUCUGUUGUAUUAAAUUAAUUUAUUAUUAUUUUGGUCAGCACUGACUGAAAAAGCUUUAAUUAUACUUAAGAAGAAUUUUAGAAUUAUCAAGGUCCAAUAUUAGUCACAAGAUAUGGCAGUCCAGCAAUACUGUUUACGCUGGAAUAACCACCAACCCAACUUUAUAUCAAUGUUCACUAGUCUGCUAAAUAGUGAGUCUUUAGUCGAUGUUACCUUGGCUGCUGAAGGGAAGCACCUACAAGCGCAUAAGGUCGUUCUCUCCGCUUGUAGCUCAUAUUUCCAGCUUAUCGAAGAAGAUUUGGGUGAUGUUUUGAAUCAAAAGUUUUGCUUAUAUCACAGAAUAGACCUAGCAUGUAUUGGCUGGAAUCCAGAGUCAUUAUUUACAUUGAAUCCCUGUCAACACCCUAUAGUCAUACUGAAGGAUAUCAAAUAUACUGAUUUGAAAGUAAUGGUAGAUUUUAUGUACUGUGGAGAAGUGAAUGUAUCUCAGGAACAGUUACCUGCUAUUCUUAAGACUGCAGAAACAUUGAAGGUGAAGGGCUUGGCAGAGAUGCCCGAACACAAUAUCUCGUUAAGCAAGUCAGUGAGUGUGUCAUCGGAUAAGAGCUGUGAUUCACCUUCGAUGCGUCGUAAGCGGCUGCGAAAGUCAUCGACUGGGUCUGGCUCAGGGUCUGGGUCCACAGAACACACAGGCACAAUGACGGGAGGCAGCGAGGAGACGGUGGGCAGUGUUGAAAUCCCAACAGUCAAGACGGAGCUGGCUAGCGAGGGUGAGGCAUCUCUGCGUAAUGAACCAAGCACAGAGUCUGAGCCAGGUUUCACCUCUCAGGAGAGUGUGGAGGAUGAGUCACAGCAGCAUGUAGAGGAAGAUAAAGGUGAUAAAAGUGCUAUGGAAUCUGGGAUGGCGAGUUGUUCUUAUCAGUCACCAGCAACAAGUCCAGUGGACCCAACUCCAACACCGGCCAUUGGUUCGAAACGAGGACGCCUGUUGAUCAGACAAAACCGGAUCAAGAAGGAGUGUGAAGGAGAUGAAGUAGGGGUGGUGAUACCAAGAGUGGUGGAGCGGCAGUGUUCAGAACCUGGACCACUACCCAGCAACACCCAGUCCUCACCUAACCUGCUGACAGUGCCACAGCCUGCCUAUCUGGUCAAACAGCACUCCAGUCCUCUCCUGCUAACCUCCACCCCUUCUGCCCCUUCCACACCUCCUGCCCUCCAGGUACAUCUAGUCACCCCCGAAGCCACCCCUUCCCCCUCCAUCAGGAUACGCACAGACGAACUCAGGAGAGCCUCCUCCACUCCUCAGAGUUCCUCGAUACCGGAAGGCUCUCGGUCAUGUCACUGUCCGGUGUUACGACCAGGCCCUGCACUCGGCUGCAACUUCUGCUGGAAUACAAUCGAUGCUCAUGGCCGAAUAUUGAGGCGGAAGACCAAGUACCACUGUCCCGAGUGCCAGACCAAUCUGUGUAUCGUACCAUGUUUUCAGGAGUACCAUGAAAGGCAUGGAACAGGCACUGGUCUGACAGACUCCACGUCACCUUCCGGCACGGUAGUCCCUACUAUAAUGAAAACAAGCUCAAUGGGUUAAAUUUUGUUUGUGAUUAUGCUGUGCUAAGUGUACACACAAACAAAACUAUUUUUAAUAUUGUGUUGUUAUUGAAUGUAAACAAAUAGUUAUUUGACUUUUUUUAAAUAAUCAAGAGCUUAAUGGCAGUGCUGCUUUAAAAAUAAUUUGGAUAAGUAGUUUUUUUCGAAAGGUUCAUUAUAAGAUUGAAGAAAAAUAGAGUAACAUGUUUGAGUCAGCAUAAGAACCUAAUGGAUACAAUUUGAGGUUGCAUUCUGUUACUUGGCACUCUCUGAAAUUGAAGGUACAAAUGUUCCAAUUUUGACAUGAAGACAUCUCCUGAAAUACUCUGGGUGAGUGACAUGUCUCCUUGCUGACAAUACUAGAAAUAUUAAGGGUACCUGUUGAUCAAGAAAUCUAUUUUACAGAAUGAACUGAAUUAGCUCUAACAUAACAUCUACUCUCUUGUUCUGUUGCUGUUGAAAUUGAGUUCUCUUUUUUCUUGUUGAUAUUUUCAUAUCCCUUUCUUCAAAGUUAACCAAAUUGAAUUUUGAUUUAUAUCACUUCUUCAUAAUUCUUGAGCCUAAGUGCUCUGCUCUGGCAGUUUUGGUGAUGGGUUUAAAAAAAUCUGAUUUUAAGUUGAAAGGAUUUGUUGUUGGUCUAAGAUUUCUUAUUUAAUGACUAAUAGCAAUGAUUUAAUCUGAUGCUGAGUUAAUCUUCCCCGUGAAUUAAUCUUCUCUUCUUAAUAUGAAUUGUGUAUUGGGGUGAGGGAAAUCCUCUUAAUUUUCUUUUAUAGGUCCUUCCGACAUCUUUAUUUUUAUUCAGUUAUUUGAGGUCUAAGAUUUAAUUUCCCAUAUUUACCAAAGUAAAUAUUGGAAAAUGUUUUUGUUUUCAAUAAUGAUUUAUUCAUGACAACAAGAGUGUUUCUUCUUUGUUUUAAAACAGAAAGAAGAAGAAUCUCAUUGAUAAUGAAAGGAACAAUUAGCAUGAAAAAUCAUUCUUGGCACAAUAGAGCUAGAAUUGUUAUAUGGGAACCAGAUACUAUACUUUGAGUAUAGGUGAGCAUGGGGAUAAUGGUCAUAAUGAACUGUUUAGUCACACUUUGGUUAUAUGGGGCCCAAAAAGUAUCUUUGGCAGAGAGUUCUGGGAGGGUUAUGAAAAAGAACAGAUUGGGAGAGACAGGAGCCCACUUACACAUGAUGAUGAUGAUGCUAGUCUGUUCAAAAAGAACAACCAUUUAAUACUGUUAGCUUUAAUAUUCAAAAUAUACAUAACAAGAUGGACCUAAAUAUCUCAAGUUGUAGCAGCACUUCACCUAUUAUGUAUAAUUUGAUAUACAUUUUUAUGAAUUAAAUCACUAAAUAAUACAGUUCAAUCCAAUAAAAUUUGCAAUGAUAAAAUAAUAGUACAAAAACUGCAGUUAUUAAUUAAUUUUAAGCUGUAUAAAAUUUUACAAAAAAAAAUUGACAAAAAUAUAUCUUAAACCCACUCUCUAAAGUUAAACAUUAGAGAUAGUUAUUUAAAUAUUAAUUUUAAACAAGUCACUCUAUUAAUACCUGGUUUUUUAUUGAUUCUAAAGAAGUGUAUGAUUUAAAGCAAUUUUACGUGUUCUUUCAAGACAUUGUAACUAAAAGAAACAUGUCCGUCCAUUAUGGCUUUUGAAAUUUUCUUGCUAAUAUCUUUAUAAUUUUUAACUAAGAUUUAUGUAAACUCGGGAAUGUCUCAUGAAGUACUGCAGCGUGAUCUCUAAAUGGCUAUUUGUUUACAUUAAAAUGUUGAAGAUUGAGAAGCGAGUGGAUAGAACCAAGCUACAAUACCAAGAAUCUUUCGUGUGACUAUGAUAUAUUAAGGAUAUGGAAUCAACAAAAGAAUAUUGUUACAAGUAUGGUGUUUAGUUUAUUAUAUGUUUAUUGUAAUUGUUAAAAGCGCUUUUAUUGUUAAUAUUUAUACUUGGAAGAGUUAAAAGUAAUCCUAUAUAUAUUUUUAGCAGAUGUAAUAUUUAAUCUCGUGUAAUCUCUUUAUCUUCAAAAGAUUCUAUUUUCUUACAGAAAAUUUGCAUAUCAGUUAAUUGUAAGCAAUAGGAAAUAAGUUUAGUUAUAUGAGCUAUAUAUUUUACUAACAAUUUUUUUUUAUUUACGAGAAAAAUUAUUGUACAACAAAAAUGAUAUGUUGCCAAGGACAAACAAAUGUGAACUCAAACGCCAUUGGAAGUUUUAUGGAAAAACAGUAAGAGAUGUUAAAAGCAUUCUGUAAUUAUUUGAUCUAGAUUCACGGCUCAUUGAACCACUUCUGCUAUUCUCCCGUUAGAACCUAAUUACUCUAGAUGCAUUUAAAGUUUAGGUUAAUACAAAAAGAAACAAAAUAGUGUUGAUAUGAUGAGAUUUUACACAAAUUAGAUGUGAUUUUUUUCAGUGUUAAAUGUAAAGUCAAAGUGUAAAAUUUUAUAGUUUUGAUAUAAUUAGAGUUUUACAAGAAAUAUUAUUUCUAAUUAAGACUAUUUAAGUAAAUUUAUAUUAUAUUUUGUGCUGUGAGUCUGUUCUUAUUAAUCUCAGAGAAGCUGCUGUGGAUUAACAAAUAAAUGUAUUCCACAGCAUAAUCUCCUCUUACAAAUAAAUACAUAAUUAAUAGCCACUUUAUAAAAAUUGGAAAGCAAAUCAAUUUCAGCAAAAUCUGUCAGGGAAUUAACUCAGAAUCUCUAAAAUGAGAAAGAAAUUUGAUUGGUUAAUUACUGUUAACAUUAUACUAUUUAUUGUUUAUAUUUAGUUUUGACAGUCCAAGAUUUACACCAGAUUUCAUACAAAUAUGCAGAAUUUUCAACUAAUAACAAAUUUAAAGUGUAAUAUUUUACAUUUUAGUAAAUUUUUUUAAUGUAUUCUUAAUUUUUGCUGGUGAAUAUAUUCUUAUGUUAAAUAAAUAAGUGGAAGUUAAGAUCAAAUUAAAAGAUUUCUUUGGUAUAAAACAAAACUGACAACAUUUAGUCCAAGGUACCAAGGUACCAUUGACUUGUACGCCAACAGCAAUGUUUAUUGUAAGAUUUUAAACUAUACUCACAGUGGUAUGUAUGUUAACUAAAAUAUAGAAAACUGAACAGAAUUAACGUACUUAAUUAGAUAUUUAUAAAGUAUAAUUUCGAUUACAAAAUGCUCACUAUAAUUUUAAAGUGUAACAAUAAAAGAUUAAGCAUUAAACACAGUCACUGAAACUAUUUUUGGUUUAACUAAAAAUGUCAUAAUAAUCAAUAUUCUCAUAUUGUUUUAAACUGUAACAAACGCCUAGACAGAUUUCUCGUGAUGUUUGAUUUUUAUUCAUAAUAAAUUAGUGUUAAUGUUAUAUUUUGAACUAAAUUUAUAGUAUGUAAAGGUUACAAGAAAUCAUAAUAGAAAGAAACAAUGUACCUGAAGUAUUAUGAAAGAGUUUGGGAGAUAAAAACAAGUACCUGCUAAAAAUGAUUAUGUGAUUAAAUCAUAAGGUAACUGUUAAUAAAUCUAAUCUGAAUAAAUGUAUUGGUUUUAUUUAUGUA